AUGUCUUUACUACCAUUCCGAUCUUCCAUGUGGUCGCGGAGUCAUGUCCUGUUCGGAAGAGCUUCCAUAUCACUAAAAUCUUCUUUCGAUUCAUUCUUCGGAUCAUCAUCCAUACAUUCCAUCAUCCAUACACAGCAUCAUCAUAGUUCACGAUGGAAUUCAAAAGUUUUUUCCAUCAACCUUUCUCAUCCAAUACAACAUUCCUAUGCGACGGUUAUUUCAAAACCAAUCAAUAACAGCAAAAACAAUGAGAUGGAUCUUAUCAUUCCUCCAUCACCUUCAUCAUCAUUACAAAAUUCCAUAUCGGAACAUGAUUCCUUUGUUUUACCUAAAUUAAAAUCAAGACAGAAAAUAUUUAAAGAACUUUCCAGUUUACCGCCAGUGCUGAAUGAAGUGGAGAAGGAAAAGAGAGCUUGUUUGGAACGAGUAUCAAAGUUUUUGUCGAGAAUGGGAGUUUGUUCCAAGCAGCAGGGAGUGGAAUUGAUAAAACAAGGACUUGUAAAAGUGAAUGGAGAGGUGAUUACAGAGACAGGUUGUAAAAUUAAUCCUUUUUUUGACAUUGUCACGGUUAGAGGAGAAAAAAUUAAUAAUGAGAAAUCGUUGAAUAAUGUGAAAAUAUAUGCCUAUUAUAAACCUAGAGAAGUGUUAUGCAGUCGUGUUGACAACCAGGGAAAUCGUGAAACACUGUAUCACAGACUCGAACGACUUGGAUUUGGACAUUUAAUUUCUGUUGGACGACUUGACUACAAUUCUGAAGGACUUUUAUUAUUAACAAAUGAUGGACAGCUUGCACGUCAUUUAGAACUCCCUCAAACAGGUCUACAACGACAUUAUUUGAUCAAAAUUCAUGGAAAAGUUACUCAAUCCAUGUUAGAUUCUCUUCGAAAAGGAUCCAGCAUUGAAGGAGUUCAUUAUGCAGGAAUGGAAGCAACACUUCACAGAGAAGGAGAGAAAUCGAGUUGGCUAAAAGUAGUGUUGCAUGAAGGAAAAAAUAGAGAAAUUCGAAAGAUUUUUCAACACUUGCAUUUUCCCGUGAGUAGAAUUAUUAGAAUUCAAUACGGGCCCUACAAGUUGGAGAAUAUUCAAAAAGGACAGCUCAAAGCUCUCGAUCUUCAUGAUGACAUGAAAAAAUAUUGCAGUUCCAUCAGUAGAAUUUCAGAGAAAAUUAUUAAGGAAAAGGUGAAACAAGAGCAACAACAACACCAACAACGGAAUUGA